AUGGGUAUAUAUGAAGCUUGGGGUUGGAGAUACAAAUGGGUUUGCGAACCAGUCGACCAAUCAAGGUCUAGACAUGCCAUGAAGAUGGCCACACUCGUAUAUAUGUACUACUUACUGAAAGUGCUUGACCUCAUGGAUACGGUACAGUUCCUGUUCUGCGUGGUGCACAUGACAACUAUAGUAUUCGUUAAAGACUGUGCGUACCCACGUUGGGUUGUAGCCAUGUAUACUCCACAAAAUCUUUUUAUGCUCAUCUUGUUCAUCGAUUUUUAUAUUAAAAGUUACGUGAAGAAACCAAAGGAAAAGAGCGAUGACAAAUUUGAUAAUAAUCAAACAAAAAUUAAAGACAAUGUUAAAGAACAGAAUGGUGCGAUGGUAGACUCGUGGUUCAUGAUGUCCAGCCCAUUCCCGAUCCUGAGCGUGGUGCUGCUGUAUCUACUCUUCAUCCGAAUCGGCCCUCGGAUCAUGAAGAACAGGCCGCCGCUAGAAAUAAACAAACUCAUUAGCUACUACAACGCCGCGCAAGUUGUAUUAGCAACUAUGAUUUGUAUCAAGGUAUUUAAAUUAAAUCUCUUUAGGGAUGGUAUCCUGUACGCUGGCUGUCGUUAUCCGUCCAAUACACAAAAUCCAAUGCUUCAAUUCGUUCUGAUGCUCUUGUACUGCGCCUGGACUCACAACUCUCCAAGAUGUCAGUACGCCACCGGCUUUACGUAUUUCAUUUUUAUAAAUGUGACGAUAUUUCUUAUACUAUUUCUUAACUUUUAUUAUAAGAACUAUAAAAUUAAAAUGGAUGCAAAGAAGGAGUAUGAGAAAACUCAAAACGGUGUUAGGACCAACAAACAUACGAAUGGUAUUAAUGAUAAGAAUUAUAAGAAAGAGAAUGGUGUUUGUUCGCAAGUGAGAAAUGAGACGAAUGAUGCAGAUGAUAUUCCGUAUGAAGUGAACCAAUCCUGUGGUGACUUUAUGAAAGAUGGUAAGAUGUACUGCUACGUCUGUGUCAUAUAUCUCAUUAUUAUAGCGACAGCACAUCCGCCUAAAGAUCGAGAAGUUUCUAAAACUAUUGAGAAACGUUCAAUUUUCCAUGAUGUAAUUCAAUCACUUAAAAUACGCAACCAGCUGCCAGAAGAUAUUGAUGAGGAUAAUAAUGUGGGACAGAAUUACGAAUUGGAAGACGAGCGGUUGCAUCUGCCUAGCGACCUUGACUUUUUACCGAGAAGAAAUGAUCGAAUAGAAAUGCCCACACUCAAAUAUCGCUUCCCAAAAACUUUAAACCUAAAUGAUAGUGCUAAAGAUGAAAAAUCCAAAAAAGAAAUUGUUCUAUACGUAAAUGCACCGAGUGAUAAUGAUCCAAGCACAUCCACACCGAGACCUAAACCACAGAAAACUACGAAACCAAAACCGAAACCUGGAAACAGAAUUAAAACAUCACAUAAAAACAAUUCAAACGUAGAAGGAGAAGACAAACCUUUUUCCAACUCUAUGGCAGGACAGAGUCAGAUAGGAAACAGGGAAUAUCAGACGAUAGUUAAACCGACAGUCAUCAUCAACCUACGAGGCUCCGUGUCCAACAGAGAAAGAGACAUUGUUAUCGAGAAGAGGAGAUUGGAAAACGAAACUGUUUCACCUCAAAACAUAUUCAAUAUACAUCAGGGCGUUGCUUUAGACAUGCAUGACACUAAAUCAAAAAACAAACCAAAUGAUAAAAUAUCUGUGAUAGCUCGGAAUGAGGCGAUGCAAAACAGUAAAGACGAAGACAUGAUCAUGUGUGAAACAUCCAGUAAUAAGGAAAUGGAAUCCACUAAACGCAAGUCGUCAAAUCUCUCUGAAGACGAACCGGACACAAAACUAGCCAGAGCUAUCCUAGAUAGAGUAGAUGGACCUGUUUACUAUCAAGCAGAUACAGAAAAAUAUUUAAACGAUGAUAGCACUUUAGAUAUAGUGGAAAAGAUCAAAGCUAUAAAUAAUGGUUUAACUAAACCUAGAAGAGAACAAAUAAAUUAUAAUUUACCAUAUGCUGAAAAAAGUCAAGGCAUCGAUCAAGAAUUACUUAAAAAACUUCAAGAUAUUAUUGCUUCAGGGAAGAUUAAAUCACAUUCCCUUAACCUGCCCGAAGAUAGCAAUAUUAGCAAUGAUGAUCAUCAAAUCAUUAAUUCAAGAGCCUUAAAAUUCAAUCCAGAAAUGUUAAUGGGGAACGAAUUACAAACAAUGCCAUUACCUUACAUUAUAAAUUUGCCAGUCGUGGUUACACCUAAUAGCGACCUUGUUAACAAACUUGCCGUUAAUAAUAAUUUUAAAUCAGUUUUACCAAACGAUGCAUACACCACUCGACAGCAGUCGCCUUUUCUACGUCUUCCCUUUUUUCAGAAUUUCAAUUUUGAAUGGCCCCUAACACAAAGUUUAUUUCCUGUAUUAAUUAAAAAUCCAUUUGUUGCUUUCUCACAAGGAGGUGGAUGGGACAAUUUUAUCGAAUACGGGCAGAGUGCUGAUGUAUGUAACAGAAAACAAAAGUCUGGGCAUAGCAGGCAUUCAUCUGAUGAAAUAGAUUUAGACCAAGAUUUAGAUGAUAGUAAUGGAAUAAGACAUACUUCUUUAGAAACUAAAACUAGUGCUCGAAAGUCAAGAGCACUUAAAAAACGCACAGUUGCAGAUAAAUCACCAAAUCAAGAAAUUGAAGAAAGCAAGUCAGGUAAAAAAAUAUACGUCACCAAUCAAACUCCAACAAGAAGGGCUACUAAAAAACCAAACAAUGUUGAAAAGAUUCAAGACUCUAAAAAUGAUGAUUCUGGAGGAGACUUGCGUUUUCCAUUUGGUGAUUUUAAUUGGUUUGGAGAUAAGAAACCAGCUGUUCCUCUUCCUCCCGGUUUCUUCAUUAAUCGGUUAAGAGUACGGAAAGGCGGUGUGGCUAUCGCUGGUCCGGGAGGUGUUGCAACUGCGGGCAGAGGUGGAACAGCAAUUGUCGGUCCAGGUGGACUAGCUUAUACUCAACCUGGCGGCUUAGCUGUAGCUGGACCACAUGCAAGAAUUGUAGCUCUUCCUGAAUCAACUGACAUCAAUGAUGUCUUGUCAAGUCUGCAAGAAAAUGAUAGUUCAGUACCUGCAGCGUCGCAACCAAUAAGAGAAGGAAAAUUAGUCGCUACUGGUCCCGUUAUUUACUAUCACCCCACUGAACAACCAUCCCAACCAUGA